AUGGGUUGCCGCUUUGUUGUUGGCGCGGCUGGCGCCCCUGGAAAGUGUACACAGUUCGCUGGCGUACUUUCAAACCGUGAGAUCAGGCAAAUAUUAAAGGACGACAACAGUAUCAAGCCGUACUUCAACACUACCGCGAUGGUAAAAUACUUCAAGUAUGCAGGGGAUAGCUGGGUCGGAUACGACGACGCAGAAACGUUUGCGAUGAAAGAGGAAUAUGCAAACGAUCGCUGUCUGGGUGGUAUCAUGAUCUGGUCUGUCGAUUUUGACGAUGAAACUGGCGUCGGUCUCGGUUCUGCGAACGGCUUUAAGUCACCGGAAUCCGCAACUGUCAUUCCAAUGGCUCACACCACCGUGCCUCGGGGCCAAACAUUCACGAUCAAUCCAGGAGCCGCGACGGAUGUUCCACGUCUUCCAAAUGGCGGUACACAGAACACUCCACAAGGCCCAGAGAAAUGCCAGCAGUGCAGUUUCUUCCGAUUGAUUACAUCCACAUGCUGCGGCACGGGUGGAUCGGUCGGGAAUCCUAUCGCUAUACAGCCAAACGUGCCAACGCCUAUGGACAUCCCACUGCCAGCAGGGUUUACUCCUGAUCAAAGUUUUCGGGACUCAUCAGGGAAUGUUAUUCCUGCAAACCAGCCACUGCCACGGGAAGUAAUUAUCCCAAGAGGAACUACUUUCACUCAACCAUUUCUCAUUCCCGGUGGUAUGUCGUUACGUCAAGGCGAGGGUGAUGAUCAAAACUCAAACUCCUCAAGCCUCGUUUGGCUGUCUCCAGAGAUAUGGGAGGAUCCAAACCCUGAAGUUCAAUGUCUCUUCCCUUGUACUUUCGUGUUGCCACCUUGGCCGUCAUACACUACCACGGUGGACUAUCCACGAAUCACAGUUACCCGGAGUGGUACUAUCCAAACGAUACUCACAUUCCCUCCACUGACUGUCAGCCAAUGGGAGCCCUCCACCAUCAUUGCCAGCGCCUCGUCACGCUGUACUACAGACUCUUGUAGUGGGGAAGAUCUUCGGAGAACCUCCUCGGUGUCGAUACGAAGUACGACAACCUGGCCGCCAGUGACAUGGACGGAUUCUGGCACAGUCAGAACUACAUAUCCUCCGACUGCGACUAGGACUGGAGGGGGCCAGGACCCUACAGGCGGCGGUGGCGGUGGCGGAGGAAACCCUCCCUGCCUCUUUCCUCUCUUCUGUCCGCCGGGCCCUCCACCCCUUCGUCUCCCUUCUAUCACAGUCAUUUGGGGACCACCAAAGCCCACCACGACUCCUUGUGCCUAUUCUGCGCCAGGUUGUCCUGCACCUGGUAGCAAACCUCCACGACCCGGAGGCCUCGUAGUGCCUCCUGGUUUGCCUCCGCAGGAACCUGAGGAAGUCGACCCAGAGGAGGUGUGCCCUCUAGUACUUUCUACAACGAAGAUCAGAACAGUGACCGCAGUCGUCACUGUAGCAUCGACAUCAACAAAGUUUACCCAAGCGCCCACCCCGACCCUAAUACGACCAAGCGGCCCACGAUUUGCUACGCCAGACUGGUCCAAAGACGAGCUCAAGUGCUACGACAGUGGGCAGCGAGCAACCAGAAUUCAUAUGAUCAACGGUGUGGACAGAUUCUGCGAUGCCUACAAAGGCCGGUCUUUGUAUGCCUCCUGGUAUUCGGGCGAGAUCCCAUUUACACCUAGUUGCUGCGACAGGAACCACGAAGUCGUUCCCAUCUCGGUCAUAGUGAGCUUGGAGAUGCAUGGCGGAUGUCAAUGGGACUUUGACGUCAAUGACUGCAAGAGAGCAUUCAGGAGAAUCAUAGAUGAGUGCGACACAAAUGGUCGCGACGACAAGCAGGGUGGGCGGUUAGUAGGCAACUGCGUUACCUUCAGAGCAGACCCGAAUGCGCAGUAG